AUGGUGGUGAUGAAGGUGGAGUUGGUAGUUAUGGUAGUGGUGGUGGUGGUAGUGGGGAUGACGAUUAUGGAGGUGGUGGUGGUGGUGGUAGUGGCAGCAUGGUGGUGGUUGUGGUGUUGGUUGUGGAUGUGGAGGUUUUGGAGGAGGAGGUGGUUGUGGUGGUGGUGUGGAGGUGGAGGAGGUGGUGGUGAAGGUGGUGGUGGAGUUGGAUGUGAAAGUGGAGGUGGUGUCAUUUUUUAA